AUGGAGUGCCCUCGGUGCCACGCAGCCAUCGUGGUGCCACCGCCGGACCCCGCCGGCGAGAACCCCAUCGCACUUCGGCUGUGCGCAUGCUGUGAGCAACUGCUCGAGAGGGACGCAUUUGCGAAGCGGAGCGAGGACGACGAAGAGACUAGUGGCGGAGAUGACACACCUAAAAGCACUCACGGCAACGUCGUGGAAGAUGUAAAACGCGAUAAAGGGAAACGUGUUUUAUCCCAGAACGAGAAGUACCGGGCUGUCUCUGCAGCUUGCCAGCGGAUCGCGGAGGGGGUUGCAGACUAG